UCAAACACAAACACAAGCACAAGAAAAAAAAACAAAGAAAGAGAAUGAGAAUUCUUCCUCGCUCUUUCCUUCUUCUUCUUCUUCUUCUCCUGGUUUGCUUCUUCAAGAAUGGCGUGCAAGCCCAGAAUCUAAUCAACAACACAUGCAAGAUUCUGGCGAAAGGCGACCAGAACAUAAAGUACGGCUUCUGCGCCACUUCCCUGCAAGCCGCUCCGGCCAGCCAAUGCGCCACGCUCCGCGGCCUAGGAAUCAUCAACUUCCGACUCAUCCGCUACAACGUUACUGAUACGAGGUGCCGCAUAAAAUACCUGCUGAGAGAAAAGAAAGCGCUGGAUCCGUACGUGAAGGCGUGUUUGGGUGAUUGCCUGGAGUUGUACUCCGACGCCAUUCCCGACAUCAAACAGGCUAUGAAGGAUUACAAUGCCAAGAGGUUCGUGGAGGCCAACCUGAAGGUUUCGGCCGUCAUGGACGCCGUUACGACGUGCGAGGACGGGUUCAAGGAGAGGAAGGGCGUGCGUUCGCCGUUAACUAAGAGAAACGACGACGCUUUCAGCUUGUCUGCCAUGCUUCUUUCUCUUAUGAAUAUGAUUCAAGCAGGAUCCGCAGUUUAAUUUGAUUGAGUAUAUAUAUAUAGUAUAUGUUCAGCCUUUUUCUUGUUCACUAUAGUAGUAUUGUUUACCUAUUUAUUAUGCAAAAAAUGUUACUUGGGAGUUUGUUAACCAACUUAGGGUGUGUAUUGAUUCAUAGGUUUACACAUCUGGAAAUCAAAAUUAUAGUUUAGU